UGAUGAUCCUUUCUUGAAUUGUUGGUCAACGAAUGGACAGGUGUUGUGCUUGGAUCUCAUCCCAAAAAACAGAACGAUCACGAGGCCUCCGCAGAAUAACUCCGUCGAUCUUUUUCUUUGACUAUCAUGACACGAUAAUGACAGGGCUCUAAGCAUGAUUUCUUGUAAUAAAAUGUCAUCUUCGCACGAUCCCAUCCCUCCUUCUGUACUCUGUUGCCCGCAGGUCCUUCGCAAAUAUUCUUCGAUGUGAAGCCUUUUGAUGAAGUUGUUUGAAUUCGCAGCAUCACUUGAGCAAGCACGUCUCCACCUCUAGUACAGGUCGUGGUUUCACAUUUUACUUAUCGCUAGUAGUUGCCUCUGUCUUUAGUUAUAGUUUCCUCCAAUCAUAAAAUAAGAACAACUACAUCAUGGUGGACUAUUCCAAAUGGAACAGGAUGGACAUCUCUGACUCCGAGAAGGAGUCCAGCGAUGAAGGUCCGCCAUCUCCGAAAGUCACGCGGUUCGAUUCGCAACAAAAGGUCACAUUUGGCGGUGGCAAAGCCAUUCAGAUUCAACCUUCUCUGGCAGCGACAAAGCGAACCACGUUUCAAGAAGAUGCCGAUCCAAGCGCGGGGUCGGCGUGGAGACCACCAGCCUUGACUGGUGGUGCGCCUGGUACAGUAGCUACAAAAGUUGGGCCGGCAAAAUCUCAGCUUGAUUGGAGUCGUGCUUUGGAGAGAGAUUGGACGCGAAAUGGUGGCUUCAUAUCCUCGUCGACCGCGGGAAAAAGUGCUCCUGGGUGUGAGCCUGACCUAUCUGCAGGAUCGACUAGUGCCACGACGCCGACAACAAGUGGAGGACAUCAACACAAGAAAGCAUCAACAGAGCAAGCGUCUACAAUUUCCUCUAGCGUUUGUGCGAGAGCUGGGAGUGCCUCAGCAAAUGGUGCAUCUUCAUCUUGUUGCGAUGCAGCUUCAGCUGCAUGCACAUCUUCAACUUCAACAUCUGCCAACACAGGAGCAUCAAACACAGCAUUUUUAAAUAGACUAGCCGUCCAGCAAGAUUAUCCUACCUACUACUGGAGCCAGAGCCAAGGAGAAGUCAUACUCAGAUUCGAAUGUCCGGCAACUCCCUGGAGACCGAAGUUUAAGAAGCUAGACGAAAGGACGUUGCAGAUUGAAAACUUCUUUAUUGGCCGGUUCACGUAUGAAGUCGUAGCACCAGAGGAUAUGGACGACGUCGACUGGGAAUUUGAGACUGGGACAGGCGAAGAAAAUCGCGGAACAGUUGGACAACGAUAUCUGAAAUUGACGGUAAAAGUCUUUUUAGAUGACUACAUACUUUUGUUUUAUCUUUUCUGCUUGUUUCAUAAUUCAUAAUUGUCAUUCAUCUACCACGUGAUCCUUGGGACUUAUCGAAGCUCGCUUAAUAUCCUGUUCGUACUCAUCAGGUAAGCGAGUCAAAAUAGGUCCUAAAAAAAUUGCUAGCUAUCGGGUGACGCGUCUGCCAUUCUUUUCUGUUGGAGUCGUGUCAAUCAGCUUGCAUACAACGCCUAAUGCAGAUCGAAAUUUCCUUUCACUUUCAAAUAUUAUCAUCUCCACUAUGAUCUCGAUCUCCCGCCCACACCUCCUCUCAUCAAUUAUCCUUAUCCACCACCGAUCAGGUCCGCAAGAAAGCCAUGAUUGUUGGGUCAGUCUUUUGGUGGCGUGCAGCUUUCAAGGGGCAUCCGGAACUGCAACCUGGAGAUUUCCAAGACCGAAGUAGGAAGAAUAUUGAGAAGCAAAAGGAAUUUUACAAUAGGAUGGAAGAGGCGACGCGACUCUUCAAAGAAAAAGUACGAAAACAGAAUGGUGCAAGCAUCUUGCCUGAUGCAUCUGGCGAUUUAACGGAGGUGUGUCGACCGGCUGGAUCUGGAGGAUGUCUAGACUAGAAGUUUCUUGGAAAGGACACGAAUACAUUGAGCAUCUUCCCUAUCCUUUCAUGUAACAAAAACUGCGCGACACAUGGGGGUGGGCAGUAAUGGGGUGGGCAGUAACAAAAACCGCGCGACACAAACUGAUUAAUGAUGAACACAACAUUCCCUCUUCCAAUCCCCAAGUAUAAUCCCCAAUCCCUAACGAAAUUUUCCGUAACACUUCAUGAAGCUCCUUCAUGCUCCUCUUCAACAUGGAUUAUGAUCCCCACUCUACAGUCGCUCCUGAAUACGUGUUCUUCUUUUGCUGGUGUUCGUGACGAGAGCACUUCUUGAUUUGGCGGAUUUUGUUCUCUAGAACUACAUGAGACAGUGCACAGCUC